UGUUUUGAGGUUUUAAAGCAGAAAAAUGUCUGUUAUUGCGGCGGCCUGUAAGAAGAGGAAGCGGACGGCAUCAAACGUCUACGAUUUUCACACUUUCGCCGACGCAGGUUUUCCCAUCGACCCCAAGGGCGCCUUCCGCGACAACAUCCGGCUGUUGCUUCAAGAGUGCGCCGAACCACACCAGAAGCAUGUCCGACGCACGCUACUUCGCCUUGGGCACGGCUCCUCCAACGAAGUCGUUGUCCCUCUCUACACCAUUGUGGAGGACGUCCGGCGAACUCAGCAGCCCUACUGCGAUCACUGUCGAUGCACCGGUUGGGGCAAUCAUUUUGUAUAUAUCAAAAAGAAAUUAUCAUUUGAUAAUCCCAGCAGCUGAUGAGUGGAAUAAGCCUUUGGCUGAUGACUUUGUUGAUCUUCAGACCCAUCUCUUGCACGGGCUGAUUCACUGCAAUGGGUUUGGUCAUUUGCUCUACAUCAAUGGAAUUGCGGGGGGUUCAAAACAUCUCCGUGGCAAAGAACUCAUGGAUUUGUGGUACCGGAUUUGCACAAAACUUCGAACCCGGAAAAUCACAGUUCAGGAUUUGUCAAGGAAGAAGUCCAUGGAUCUUCGGUUGCUCUAUGGGGUUGGUUAUGGUCAUUCUUGGUAUGGUAAAUGGGGAUACAAAUUCUGCCGUGGAGGCUUUGGAGUGUCAGAACAUGAUUAUUAUGGAGCCAUGCAAGAUCUUAGCUCAUUGGAACUUGACCAAAUUGUCAAAGAUUUUAGUGACACGGACAAAUGCAGAGAAAUCAAUCAAAUAUUUCGUCACUACAGAGAUAUGAGUGAAGCCCAGCUGUUGACACUCAAUGAUCUUCUCGGGUUCAUGCUAACUAUCAGGUCUCAUGCUCCGGUGCAUAUAAACAAGAAGGCCACUGCUGCUCUUUCAUCUUCCACCUCAAAACCAUCAACCGGAAUUAUCCUCCAGAACAAGCCUUUGGUGAAGGGAAUAUCAAUGGAGCAUAGAAGUUUAAAAAGUGUAAUCGCCGAUAUGGAGGAUGGCAACAGGCCUGCAAAAAGACUAGAAUAUGCUGCAGAAGUGAUUGUAAAUGCAUUGAAAGAGAAUAACGCUGGAAAAUUCUGUCACGGCAAGAUGACCCGACCAGAUUUGCGAGAUGCAGCUCGAGUUAAAAUUGGUGAUACAGGUCUGCUGGAUUAUGUGCUAAAAUCACUGGACAAUGUGAUUGUAGGAACCCAUGUUAUGUGUCGUAUGAAGAACCCGACAACUCGAAUUUAUGAAUACUCACUCCAUGAGCUUGAUAAUGGGAUUAAGUCCUCUGAACCAGACACAGAAGUACUUCCAAAGCCCUUUUCAGCACCAGCUCCGUUACCAGGAGUUGAUGUUUACUGUGAUCUGGUUUAUUUGUAUAGAAAUAUACUGGUGGAUUACCCUGGAUCGGAUUGGGUAAAUAAGGCAACUCAGGCAGUGCUGAACAGCAAGUAUUUUGUGAAGGAGUUGCCAUUUAUUGAUGACAAUGAUCAGUUUCUGACAUUUACUUGCCGAUUGAUUCCAAUUUUGGGUGAGAUAGAAACUGAAUUGCAGAAGGGGUUACCACCUGGGGAAGUUGUUGUGGUUGUUCCACUGCAUGCAACGGUUGGAGAGUUAAAACAGGCGGUGGAGAAUGCAGUGAGGGAUACAUACUGCGUUGCAGAAAAUUUUUUGGUUAUGGAGAUUGAGGAGCUAGAGGGUUUCAAGGAUGAGGCAGUUCUUCUUGGAGCAGUAGCCUCAGGAAUAGGCCUUUCUAUUAUAGGUAGCGGGUUAGCUUUGGAGAAUCCUCUGAGGUGCCAAGCUGGGGUUGAAAAUUCAACAGUGAGGUGCAUAUGCGGCACUGAAGAUGACGACGGGGAGAGGAUGGUUGCAUGUGAUAUUUGUGAUGUGUGGCUGAACACUCACUGCCUUGGCAUUGAGGAUAUUGAAGCCAUCCUGCCGCGGUACAUCUGCAGAGGGUGCAAGGUCUCCACCUCGGUUGCUGCACUCACAGCUGAGUCUUCUUGUUGCUUUCAGUACGAGGACACCUUGUAGCUUUGAGUUCGAGAGCGCGUUUCUAAUGCCUGCAUAGAGUUGAAGAGCUACCAUUGCACAAAAAUGGUGGGCGGCAUUUUCCUUUGUCUAACCAAUGUUGUGCAUUAGAAUUUAGAAGCACUCGCUAUAUAACAUACUUUUAUUCUUUAUUCGAUUGUUAUUGACACGUUAGAAGCACUCACCCUCUACUUUGUUUUUGUAUGGAGAGGAGGUGCUAUUCGAGUUAGAACUGUAUAUUUUUUCAAAGGUGUACCUUGGAUUGAGAUUUCUGCUUUAGAUAGGUCUGAGGUGUACCUUUAAGAUUAAUUGGUUCUAAUGUAUACUUUCAGGAUUAAGUUCACUAUUCCAAUAUAAUGGAUUGAGAUUUUUGUUU